AUGACAAGGGAAAAAAAAAAAAAAGGUAGUAGAGGAAAGCACAAUCCAAAUUCUUGUGAACGUCAUAAGAAGAGCAAACGUAAAUGUCCAUUAUCAUGCCCUGGCCGUGAUAAUAUUAUUGUUGAUAACGAAGAACUGGACGAAAAUGCAAAAAAUCAUAUCUUAAAUGGCAAUAAUAUAGACUUUGAUAAUAGAGAAACUAAUAUCAUUCCUGCUGGAGAUAUUAUCGGCGGAUUUCCAACCUCCUCAUCAAAUAAAAAAAAUACUAUCAACGAUUUUGAAGAAUUGAAAAAAAUAAACCUCAAGAACAAUCUGUGGAAUGAAAAUUUUCUGGAGAAUAGCUUUACUUAUCGAAUGAUGAAAGAACCUUCCGUUCCUUGGGUUGAAACACCAUGGCACGAGUGUGAAUUCGAAAAUCCUACUGCCAGAGCAGAAUUGCGAAGGCCACAAAUGACGAGAUGUCAAGUGAAUGGGAAGCCUGGCGGUUCCCUGAUUGAUUGA